UUCGAAAAUGUAUCAAGUACUUUCCUUUGCAAGAAAAACAUGAGUACGAUUGGAAAAGUUAAAUUUUAGAUUAAAGGUAAAAUACCAAACAGCCAAACAAGCAAUGUCACAUGACAAGUAUAAACGUGUCGAUUUGAGUAACCCUUCAUAGGUGAAAACAGUGGGACCCACAUUCCACCGCCAUUAAAGCCACCUUCAGAAACUUUACACCACCUUCACCCUUCCCCUCUAAUUAACUGACUAGUACCCUCCCUACACCGACGAAAAAAACCCUUUUUUCCUCACCGGUCUUCUCAAACUUGUUGAUAACUUCAACGAAUUUGUUUCAGAUUACAGUUUACCUUUUUCAGAAUUGAGUUAAAAAAAGCAAAAGUCGACUGAUUUCGUAUUCAAAAUGAAGUCCCCGGAGAUUUAUCAGUCACAAUUUCCAUCUCCGAUGACGAGAAACUACGGUGGUGGACGACGGACAUCGUUGUCAAUCGCUUCCGACGCUUUUCUCUUCUUCUCCGGCGCUGUCGCCGCUAUGUUACUCGUCUGGACAUUCUCUACUUUCUCAAAUCAUCAACCCACUACAAAUUUCGAAACACAAACUCUCGAACCCAAAUCUUCCGUCUCCGUCGUCGAUAAUGUCGAUUGCGAAAGAACCAGUAAUGGAUUAAACCUCCAUUACGACCCACCUGAGCAGAAUUUCUACGACGACCCAUCUCUAAGUUACACCAUCGACAAACCCAUAAAAAAUUGGGACGAAAAGAGACGAGAAUGGUUGAAACUACACCCGUCGUUCGGACCAAACUCCGACGAACGUGUCCUCGUCGUCUCCGGCUCACAAUCCCGGCCGUGUAGCAACCCGAUCGGCGAUCAUUUACUAUUAAGAUUCUUCAAGAACAAAGUAGACUACUGUCGGAUCCACGGCUACGACAUCUUCUACAACAACGUCCUCCUCCACCCCCAAAUGCACACAUUCUGGGCCAAAAUUCCGGCGGUUCGCGCCGCCAUGUUAGCCCACCCGGAAUCCGAGUGGAUAUGGUGGGUCGACUCCGACGCGGCGUUCACCGACAUGGACUUUAAGUUACCCUUACACCGCUACAAAGACCACAACUUUGUCGUCCACGGCUGGCCGGAGCUGAUCUACCGGAAGAAAAGCUGGACGAGCUUAAACGCCGGAGUUUUCUUGAUCCGAAACAGUCAAUGGGCUCUUGAUUUCAUGGAUGUGUGGUCGGGUAUGGGUCCUCAGACUCCGGAUUACGAAAAAUGGGGCGAAAUCUUGAGAGAAACUUGUAAAGACAAAUCCUUUCCAGAAUCCGACGAUCAAACGGGUUUGGUUUAUUUAUUAUUAAAAGAAAAAGAAAAAUGGGGGGAUAAAAUAUACGUUGAAGGGGAAUACUACUUCGAGGGGUAUUGGUUGGAAAUAGUUGAAACUUUAGAGAACAUAACGGCGAAAUAUAACGGCGUUGAGAGAGGGGCGCGUAGGUUAAGAAGACGACACGCUGAAAAGGUGAGUGAGGGCUAUUCUGCGCUGUGGGAGAAGUAUCUGAAAGACGCCGGAUAUGGGAAGUUCAGUUGGCGGCGGCCGUUUAUUACUCAUUUUACGGGCUGUCAGCCGUGUAGCGGGCAGCAUAAUCAAAUGUAUUCCGGGCAGAGUUGUUGGGAUGCUAUGCAGAAGGUUUUGAAUUUUGCUAAUAAUCAGGUUUUGCGUAAUUAUGGUUUUGUACAUCGCGAUUUACUGGAUUCUAACUCUGUGUCAUCUCUACCGUUCGAUUACCCUGCAUGAUUAUCAAAGCAUUGUAACUUUGUGAGUAGAUAUUGCCAUAUUGUGUGCAGAUUGAUGAGUGGAAGCUUUAAUCCAGUGAAGAAAAGUAAAAGGAGAGGAUAUUCGGUUUAUAACUAGUGCUAAUGUUAUUUAUGCAUUUCUAUAUAUAUUUCUUUAUAUAUAAAUAAAUAUAUAUAGGAGUUGUGUUUGUAUUAUUAAUUUUUGUACAUUUUCAGUGAAUUGAAUGUUAUGAGUUCUGAAUUUGUUUUGAUCAA